CAGAGCUUCAUUUCUGAGAGCACCACAAUUGUAACAUUACUCAACACCGGGAUUUUUAAAGUUUGUGCAUGACUACUGAAGCAAAACAAAGUCAUAGAACAAAUUUAGGAUUAUUUGUAACAAAUUGUGAGCAUUAAGAGUACCAUUGUCAAACAUAGAAAAUAUGACAAAUCAAAGCAGGAUUUUAAUUAAAGGCGGAAAGGUGGUAAAUGAGGAUUUUUCUGAGGUGUCAGAUGUGUAUAUUGAAGAUGGAGUUAUUCAUGCAGUGGGCUCAGAUCUGCAGGUACCUGCUGGCACACGAGUCAUUGAUGCCACAGACAGAUUGGUGCUACCAGGUGGAAUAGAUACUCACACCCACAUGGAGUUGGCAUUCAUGGGCACUAAAGCUGUAGAUGACUUUAAUACCGGUACCAAGGCCGCAAUUGCAGGAGGCACGACGAUGAUCCUGGACUUUGUCAUUCCACAGAAGGGGUGUUCACUCCUAGAAGCCUAUGAGCAGUGGAGAAGAACAGCCGACCCCAAAGUCUGCUGCGAUUACUCCCUACACAUGGCUGUCACCUGGUGGGAUGACAGUGUCAAGAAGGAAAUGGAGACUCUUGUUCAUAAAAAAGGUGUUAACUCCUUUAAGAUGUUCAUGGCAUACAAAGAUGUCUUCAUGCUGCGGGACCACGAACUGUACGCAGCUUUCUCACAGUGUAAAGACAUUGGGGCGAUUGCUCAAGUCCAUGCAGAGAAUGGAGACCUUAUUGCAGAGGGUGCUAAGCGUAUGCUCUCUCUGGGCAUCACAGGUCCUGAGGGUCAUGAGAUGUGUCGUCCAGAGGAAGUGGAGGCAGAGGCCACACAGCGUGCCAUCACUGUUGCCCAUGCUGUUAACUGCCCGCUAUAUGUGGUGCAUGUCAUGAGUAAAUCUGCGGCGAAGGUGGUUGCUAAUGCACGGAGAAAUGGUCGAGUGGUGUUUGGAGAGCCCAUUGCAGCAGGACUGGGCAGAGAUGGCACUCACUAUUGGAAUCAGGACUGGGCUCACGCUGCUGGGUUUGUUAUGGGCCCUCCCUUGAGACCAGACCCAAGUACUCCUGGGUAUCUCAUGGACCUGCUCGCUAAUGACGAUCUAAGUGUAACAGGAACAGAUAACUGCACAUUCUCAAUCUGCCAGAAAGCACUUGGAAAAGAUGACUUCACCAAAAUCCCAAACGGAGUCAACGGCGUUGAGGACAGAAUGUCUGUUAUAUGGGAGAAGGGAGUGCACAGCGGAAAAAUGGACGAAAAUCGAUUUGUAGCUGUCACCAGUACUAACGCAGCAAAAAUUUUCAACCUUUUUCCUCAAAAAGGGAGAAUUGCCAAAGGCUCUGAUGCAGAUCUGGUCAUAUGGGACCCAAAGUCCACCAGGGUGAUUUCAGCAAAGACACACCACCAGGCUGUGGACUAUAACAUCUUUGAGGGCAUGCAGUGUCAUGGGGUUCCAGUGGUCACUAUCUCAAGGGGGAAGGUGGUUUAUGAAAACGGGCAGCUGCUCGCAGAACCAGGCGAGGGACGGUUCAUCCCACGCAAACCCUUUGCGGAAUUUGUGUAUAAGAGAAUUAAUCAGCGGGAAAAGGUUGGGAAACCCAGUGCUGUGUGCAGAGAACCGUAUGAUGGAGAAAUCAUAUCUCUAGCCUCAAAAUCAUCCUGAAUCAUAGAAGAGAAAACAGGAGGAUGACCACAUCUGAGUUUCUACCAUUACUAUUCUUACAAUCCAAAAGGACUUUUGUUUUGUAAGGAUGAUUGUUAGUAAUCAGUGUAUUGUUUAUUAUGAAUGUACAGUACACUCUUACAAGCAUUUUACAACAUGCUGUACAGAACCACUGAAUAACCUUUAUUCAUAAGUGAAUAAUGAAUGAUCAGUUCUCCUAUUUUCAUGUUUUAAUACAGAAUAAUGUAACAAUACAGAAAUAUUGUUUG